GUCGAGCGUUCGAGCGGCGAGUCUCGUCACGGAACAAACCAACUCGCGAGGGAAGCAACGGGAAGAAGGGAGAAAAGUAGCGUAGCGCACAGCGGAGGAAGCCGAGGCGCGGUUGCUUCCGGAAUCCGCUGGGGUUCUCGUUUGCGGGGGGAAGAUUCUUGGCUUUGAUCAGGGAGGGGAUCGAUGGUGGGGGCGCGGGAGCCGGUGGCGAUGGAGAUACCGGCGGAGGAGGGGUCGGCGGCGAGGACGCCGCCGCGGAGGAUCAGGAGGAGGCUGCUCGAGGGGGGCCGCGGAUGCGGGGCGCCGGCGAGCGUGGAGGAGAUCGAGGCCAGGCUCAGGGAGGCCGAGCUCCGGAGGCAGCAAUUCCAUGAAUGGUUGGUCUGCAAAGCAAGGAAGAAGCCAAGGAGCCCGUCGUGGUCCUCUCAAGAGGAAGAUCAUGGGCAGCGCCUUGAAGCGAAGCUUCUGGCAGCUGAGCAGAAAAGGUUAAGCCUCUUGGCAAAGGCACAGAAUCGGUUGGCCAAGUUGGAUGAACUCCGACAAGCUGCUAAGAAUGAUGUGGAAACGCGGUUUGAGAAGGAAAGGGAAGAACUUGAGACCAGGGUUGAGUCUCGUGUCCGGCAGGCAGAGGAGAACCGCAUGCACCUUCUGCAUACCCAUAUGCAGAAAAGGGCUGCACUGAAGGAGAGAAUAGCGAGGUCCCUGGUGCGGAAGGCAACUUUAGAGAGCAAUUACAUGGAGCAGGUGCGGUGUGCAAUUCUGCAAAAGCGUGCUGCUGCUGAGAAGAAACGGCUGAGGUUGUUGGAAGCUGAAAAGACGAAGGCUCAAGCUAGGCUUUUGCAUAUCCAAAAAGCUGCCAUGACUGUAUGCAGCCAGAGAGAAACAGAGAGGAGAAAACUGAAAGAACAGCUGGAAACCAAACUUCAGAGGGCAAAAAGGCAGAGAGCUGAGUAUUUGAAGCAGCGAGGAAGUCCUCGCAAUUCUGCCCAUGCUGAUUACAUCAAGCACACAGAUUUUCUUUCAAGAAAGCUGGCAAGAUGCUGGAGAAGAUUUGUCAAGUCUAAGAAGACAACGCUUACAUUGGUUCAAGCUUAUGAUGCCUUGGGAAUAAAUGAGAAGUCUGUCAAGUCUAUGCCAUUUGAAAAAUUAGCUAUGUCAAUGGAAUCGCCUGCAGUUCUUCAGGCUACAAAGGCAUUGCUUGACCGGUUGGAGAGGCGUUUUGUGCUUUCCCAGUCAGCAGGUUUGUCAUCAGUGGAAAAUGUUGACCACCUACUGAAACGCCUUGGAUCUCCCCCAAAGAGGAAGGUACCUCCGAGCAGAGAGGGAAGAAGGGUAUCGGCAAAAAGAUCGGCAAGAAGUUCUGACACAAGCAAAUUGUCUAGAUACUCACUGAGGGUGGUCCUCUGUGCUUACAUGAUACUGGCUCAUCCAAGUGCUGUUUUAAGUGGGCAAGGUGAGCGGGAAAAGCAACUUAUGGAGUCAGCAGCAAAUUUUGUCAAGGAGUUCGAGCUGUUGAUUAAGAUAAUACUUGAUGGACCAGGGCGGUCAUCCCUAGGUACUGCUGCUGCUGAAUCAUCUAAAUGCCAGACGUCUUCUGAUGUUACUGAUCAGAGGAAAUUCAGAACUCAGUUGGCUAAUUUCGACAAGGCUUGGUGCACUUAUCUUUACCACUUUGUGGUGUGGAAAGUAAAAGAUGCAAGAUUAUUGGAGGAAGAUCUUGUCAGGGCUGCAUGCAAGCUUGAGCUGUCAAUGAUGCAAACAUGCAAGCUUACCGCGGAGGGGCAGUCGUCAAAUAAUCUUUCUCAUGAUAUGAAGGCAAUUCAGAAGCAAGUUAUUGAUGACCAAAAGCUCCUGCGAGAGAAGGUUCAGCACUUGAGUGGCGAUGCUGGCAUUGAGCGGAUGAACUCUGCUCUUUCAGAUACAAGGUCAAAGUUCUUUGAAGCACAGGAGAAUGGAAGUCCAUUAGCAACACCUGUUGCAAACGUGUCUACCCCUUUGAGCAUCAAUUCAUCUCGCCAGGUCCCACUUUCUGAGGUUAAUGAGAAUCCCAGUACCAAUGCUGUAGGAUCAAGUUCUGUUGUCCGUUCUUUGUUUGGUGCUUCUUCGUCGUCAGACAGUACAUCGCUGGUGAAGCUGCUGACAGAGAAUGAGCAAAUGGUCAAUGAGAUGCUUCAUGAGGAUGACAAUACUUUUGCCAGAAGGUCUGACAGUGCUGGUACUGCUGAGAAGGAUUUCCAGGCAAAAGUGAGAGAAACCAUGGAGAAAGCUUUCUGGGAUGUGGUUACCGACUCCAUGAGAGGAGACAAGCCUGACUACAGUCAAUUGAUCAACCUAGUGAAGGAAGUGAGGGAUUCGUUACAUGAGUUGGCUCCCAAGGGGUGGAAGGAGGAAAUUCUUGAGAAUAUUGACCUCGAAAUUCUGUCUCAGGUUCUUGAAUCAGGCUCCCAGGACGCACAAUAUUUGGGGCUAAUUUUGCAGUACUCCCUGGAUAUGGUACGCAAACUAUCUGCUCCUGCAAAGGAGGAUGAAAUGAAGAAAAGCCAUGACAAAUUAUUGAGUGAGUUGGCUGCAAGUUCUGAAGUUAAUGACAAUGGCAUCAACUCAUUUGUCAUUGCUGUCAUCAAGGGCCUGCGUUUCAUUCUGGAAGAAAUAAGGGAGCUGCAAGUAGAAGUGAGUAAGGCGCACAUUCAAUUGAUGCAACCAAUCAUAGAAGGCUCUGCUGGAGUGGAGUACCUGCAGAAGGCUUUCGCUGAUCACUAUGGGCCUCCUACCAGUGCAUCAGCUUCUCUCCCUGUAACUCUGCAAUGGAUUUCAACAUUGAAGAACAUUGUGGAGCAAGAAUGGAGUGAACAUUUGGAGUCUCUUUCAAUUUUGCCACCAGCAGAGCAUGCUCCGCCCCUUGUUACAGUACUCCGAGCUGGUCACGGAGCUCCAGUGGGGCAACCAUCUUCUUCAUCUGCAGCAGGAAGUUCUUGGCAACCAGAGUGCAACGGUGAGAAGCUUGACAAGCUGAUAAGGAUUGGCCUGUUGCAUCUUAUCAGUAGCAUGGAGGGCUUGCAAAUGCAGUCUACUCCUGAGAGCUUCCAGGUUAAUUUACUGAGAUUGAGGGCCGUGCAAGGACAAUUUCAACAAGUGAUUGUGAUAGCCACAAGCAUGCUCGUUAUGCGUCAAGUUCUGAUGAGCGAGAACUCGAAGGCCACUCCUUUAGAACUGGAAAAUGCCGUCUCAGAACUAUUCAAGGCUCUUGUGAAGGUACUGGACAACUCCCCUGAUGCUGGCACUGAAGAGAUCGUGGAGGCGAUGAUGAGCUCAUCAGCCUCAGUUGGCUCACCGUCAGAUGAGAAGAUUCAGACCAGGAGGCAGAUAAUAACCCGGGUGUUCCUCAAGAGCCUCCAGCCCAGCGACGUGGUCUUCAAGAAGGUUUCACGGUCCGUCUACUGUGCCUUCCGCGGUGUCGUCCUAGGUGGCAGCGGCCCCAAGGGCCAGAAGCUGGCCGAUGCAGCAUUGCGCCGCAUCUGUGCGGCGAAGCUCGUUGACAAGGUGGUGAAAGCCUCUGAGGUGCUGAUCAAGGUGGUAACAGUAUCAGAGAAGGUCCAUGCCCCAUGGUACAAAGCUCUUAUGUGAUGCAUGUGCAUAGUUUGGUUCUUUUGUGAAUAUGUACAAAGCUCUUAUGUGAAUUCCUGUCCCACUGGGUGAGGUGGGAAAAGAUGGCGUUGUACAGCAAUUUAUAGGUGUUGGUCAGUAGGCAGGCAGUUCAGGAUGUGUAAGAAUUCUUGGUGUAGGGCGAACAUGGAUGUCCCUGCACCAGAAUUUAGUCAGGGUUUGUUCGGAGAUGCUAAAAAUUGCAUCUGGGGAUGUGUAUUGUGACGCAGUCGUCGUUUUUAGUACUGAAUAAUGUAAAUAACUAAGGGUUAUUUAUGCUGUGUA